CCCUUCAUGCCGCCAUACUGGGGCCUGGGCUUCCACCUCUGCCGCUGGGGCUACACCUCCACGGCCGUCACCCGCCAGGUGGUGGAGAACAUGACCAGGGCCCACUUCCCCCUGGAUGCUCAGUGGAAUGACCUGGACUACAUGGACGCCAAGAGGGACUUCACUUUCAACAAGGACGGCUUCGGGGACUUCCCGGCCAUGGUGCGGGAGCUCCACCAGAGCGGGCGACACUACGUGAUGCUCGUGGUGAGCCCCCCGCUGGGCCCUGCCCACGGCGGCCUGCCCCUGCCGCGCUGAGGGUCCUUGGUGUGGAUGGACGGGCAUUACACUCCCAGCCCGGGCCCCGCUGUCCGGUGAUGUCCAGCGUCAGGCUCCCUGGAAAUGUCCUGUGUUGCUU